UCAAGCUUUUGUUCUCUGACCCACGAUCUGAAUUGGUCACAGUAUCCUAAAAAUCUUCCUCUAUUGUUCUGUUACCCAAGAUAAAAACAAAAUGCAAUCAGGAAUCUCAGCCUCGGAGGAGUUGAUUUCGAAGUUCAAUGAGCUCCUACAGUCCGACUCCCACUUUGGCCUCCUCGUCACCAUCGAAAAUGAAGCACUCGUGCCGCACUCGCUCCUCACGCCCUCCUCCCCGGCCUCAUUCGCCGAUAACGUUACAUCCCUCCUCCUGCCCGCCCUGACCGACACCGACUCGCGAUACAUCCUUCUCAAGCGCUAUGACACUGUUCCCAAGCUCAUAGCAGUGUCGUAUGUCCCCGACACGGCCAAGGUCCGGCAGAAGAUGCUCUUCGCUUCGACGCGGCUGACCUUGGUGCGGGAGCUCGGGCGAGAGCACUUCCGGGAGACCAUCUUCGCGACUACUAAGGACGAGCUCACGCCCGAGGGGUUUGAGAAGCACGACAAGCACGAGAAGCUCGAGGCACCCCUGACAGAAGAGGAGAGGAGCCUCGAGGACGUCAAGCGGGCUGAGGCCGAGGAAGGGAGCAGGGGCACAGGCACGAGGGAGAUCCACCUCAGCCAGACGAUGCAGAUGCCAGUACACGAGGAUGCGCUGGCCUCAUUGAAGGAGCUGGGCGCCGGGGGCAGCAAGAACCUAGUGAUGCUGAAAGUCAACCCCGACACAGAGAAGAUCGAGCUUGUGCCCGACUCGUCGUCCCCUUCGUCGAUACCAGAGCUCGUCCAAGCCAUCUCAAGCACCGAGCCUAGGUUUACCUUCUACCGCUUUGCACACGAGCACCAGGGAGCUCAGUCGGCGCCGCUGCUCUUCUUGUACACAUGUCCGGUCACUGGAGGGCGGAAGGCUAUCAAGGACCGCAUGCUGUAUCCACUGAUGAAGCGCGCGGUCCUGGAGAUGGCCAACCGUGAGUGUGGUCUGACCGUGGAGAAGAAGUUCGAGGUCGAAGAGCCGAGCGAGAUCACCGAGGAGAGUGUGUUGGCGGAUCUGCACCCUCAGGUGGAAGUCAAGAAGGGUUUCAGCAGACCCAAGAGACCUGGCCGGUAGGUUCAUAUGCUGAGUUGGCCUACGACAACCAUAUUGCGCUGAGUAGGAAAGAAGAGGCCAUCGCGGCAUUGCAGGCAAUCCGAUGGGAUCCAGGAGCAAAGUGUAGCAAAGCGUUUGAAGGACCAGACCAAAAUAGAUGAUAUGAUCUAAAUU